AUGGGGAGGCUGCACGAGCUGGUCGAGUCCCUGACGCGUCUGCGGCAGAACCUCUUUGAUCUGGAUGCACGAAGGAAAACCCUGACAGCAGCCCUCUGCUUUCAUGUGAUAAACCUGACCGUGUGGCUGGAGCCGCGAGUGUCGGAACAAACUCUCGUCAUUGGACAAGGACAGCAGUUGCAGCCGUGCCCCGGCAGCGGGUACCUGUGCCGCUGUCCCCAGCUCCCCACCGUGCUGCUGAAGCUCCCCGGUCCGUUCCUGCUCGGAGUCCCCGAGCUGCUGGAACAAGGGGCACCAUAUUGCCGGGGGAAAGGGCCGGGUGGUUGCUUUUUUUGUAUGAAGCAGUACAGACAGAUGCUUCUAACUUUUUUUUUCUUCAUUUUCUUCCUUCCAGCGGAUCGUUGUAAAGAAGUGCAGCAAAUCCGAGAGCAGCAUCCAAACAAAAUCCCAGUCAUCAUCGAACGCUACAAAGGCGAGAAGCAGCUGCCAGUGCUGGACAAGACCAAGUUUCUUGUCCCAGACCAUGUCAACAUGAGUGAAUUGGUCAAAAUAAUCCGGCGUCGCUUGCAGCUGAAUCCGACCCAGGCUUUUUUCCUGCUGGUGAACCAGCACAGCAUGGUGAGCGUGUCUACCCCCAUCUCGGAAAUCUACGAGCAGGAGAAGGACGAGGAUGGCUUCCUCUACAUGGUCUAUGCCUCACAGGAGACCUUUGGCUACUGAGCCCUUGUGGGAGAUGGCGUGUGGAGAUGAAUGAACUGUGGUGCACAGGCCCCCAGCCUUGGAAGAUAAUUCAACCAGAGUCUUGCCAGAGGGGGCUGUGUUUGCUCCUUUCAUCAUUACCCAGUCACCAAAAAGGCUCAUGGUGUAUGUGGGACUUGCACAACCCUUUUCCUCUCUGUGUAGAUUAGUCUCAUUCCUUCCUCAACCCCCACACAU